UGGGUGGCAGCUGGGUGGUCGGUGAAGGGGGAAGGGGGGAAGCAGGAAGGAGGAGAAGGAAGAGAAAAUCUGAUAUGGUGUGAUUUGUUUAUGCCAGAGUGACAGUCCUGGAAAGUUAAUCACGGAAUCGUUUUAUCUCUCAAUGUUGGUCUAUGAUAAAGAUCUGGGUCGUGUCCAGUAAUACAGAAACGCUCCAUGACGUAAAUAGCUUGUUAUGUCAACGGUGAGACACGAAAUCGACCUUGGGGAACGCAUGUGAUCGGCAUCGUAUUUCAGGGACAAGUUUAAUAUUGUCAGGCACGUUUUAUGUUACAGUAUUGAGUAUCAUAAAAAAAGAUAAAUACCCAGAUUGUCAUUUGACUUGCGUCUGGCAAACGCAAGAACAAAGCCCUUGCAACACACUACUACAUGACGGUUUUAUUUUAAGAAAUUUCGCACAAAUGUAUUUAUUUUUGUCGUUUUCGUGCACAUAUAAUGCAAUACAACCAUUAGAAUUAUAUCUUAAACGAUGGCCACAGAUCUGUCAUUCUCUGGGAAUUCAGUAAUGCAAGGGGUGACAAGAGAGAGAGGACGAGACGUGCAUCUCAGCAAAACGCUGUCGUGGCUUUUGCGACACGGUGCAGUAAAAGAAGGCGUUCCAAUUACUGAGGAUGGGUUUAUUUCAGUGUCCGAAAUUCUAAAGCAUAGCUCUCUGAAACACAAAUACACCCUUCAAGACAUCGAGCGUGUGGUUGAGGAAAAUAAUAAGAAACGAUUCACUCUUACAGUCCAUCCACAAACUGGAGACUUAUUGAUAAAAGCCAAUCAGGGGCACUCUAUGAAGAUUGUGAAUGACACAAGCCUUCAGCCCAUCCUAGAUGCAUCAGAAGCGCCAGUAGUGGUUCAUGGCACAUAUUCACGGAAUUGGGACAGUAUUAAGCGGAACGGCCUAAGUUGUAUGAACCGCCUCCACAUCCACUUUGCUCCAGGAGAACCAGGGGAACCUCAGGUCAUCAGUGGCAUUCGUGGUGAUUGCGAUACCUACAUAUACAUCAAAGUUGCAGAUGCUCUGAAAGAUGGAAUUAAGUUCUACCGCUCAGCCAACAACGUGAUUUUGAGCCCUGGUAAUGAUACUGGAAUAUUAGAACCAAAAUAUUUUGAUAGAGUUGUACAUCAUCAGAAGUAAUGUUUAAGUACAGUAAUUUAAGCUUACCUGCUCAUAAUUCCUGUAACUUGUUUAUUAUUUAUGUACAUACUAUAUUAUUUACCACACUUUGUCUUGUACACCACUCUGUCAUUUUGCAAAGACUUUAGCCUAACUUGCCAUGCAACAUAUUUAUAAAUUACGGAAAACUUAAUGUGAUGUAAUCUACAUGCUGGGCUAGUUUUAUAAUAUCUCGAAUAAUAAAGUCAGUUCACCUGUUUGACUAAUAUAGUAAUUAAGGACUUUAGUGCUCGCAGAUAUUAAAAAAAGAAAUAUAUUACAAUUUGCAAACUUCAGGGUAAAAAUUAUUUAAUUUUGAGCGAAUUGGCAUUAAAGGAAUUGAAAAAUGGCCAAGAAUUACCUUAAAAGCAGUCUCCAAAAUGCUACAUUUAAUAUAAUAUUUCAAGUAUUGUUCAGAUGCAUUACAUUCUUCUUAAAUGCUUUUGUAUUGCGGUACGUGAGCCAGGAUGUCAUUGGAGUAAUGAAUGUGAGAUUAUUGUUACUUGAAUCAACAAUUUUGUUUCUCAGUCGUGAAGCUUUCCGGAGGGCAUGCUUAAGUAAAACUUCAGAGCACAGCUGGAGACAAGUUAUAAACUUACUGUGGUUUACUGUUCCACUAUGUCAAGUAUUAAGUAUGUUUUUUGGCUAUGUGUGGCUCCAUAUCCUGGUACCUCCAGAUACCAGCAUUACUCCUCAUUACAAUUUGGGUGUCUGGGCAAUAUGUAUCAGCUGUGUAAUAGAGAUGUGUUGUGAACCAGUCUAUCUAACUGCACAAGCAUUCCUAUUUGUGAGACUUAAAAUUGUUCUAGAAACAAUAUAUGUUAUUGUUCGGACAGUAACAUUUGUACCACUGGUAAUAUACAGUCCAGACAAAGCUGUAAUAGCUUUUUCUCUUGCACAGGUGUUGUCAGUAUGUGUAUACACUUUUAGUUAUUAUUUAUAUUUUUAUGUUUACAUUGGCAAUCGAAAUAGACAUCUUUUGUCAUGCAAAAGAGGUAGUCUUCACUGUCAGAACGAGAACCAUCGAAUGAAUUCUGAGGAUGAUUUUCCCUUUUGUUCGUUAAGGGAUUUUUUGCCUAUGAGAAUAGAAAAUCAACCCAUUAUCGACUACAGUCUAACUAAACUGACGUGGAGCUUCUUCAAGCAGGGAAUUUUGAAGCAAGUGUUGACUGAAGGGGAGAGAUAUGUUAUGACUCUUUUUUCAGUACUGACAUUUUAUGAACAAGGUGUAUACGACAUUGUGAAUAACUUGGGAUCAUUAGCUGCUCGCUUCAUUUUCCGACCGAUCGAAGAAUCGUCUUACUUUUAUUUUUCUCAAAUGGUCGCAAGGGAUACUGCCGUCCAAGCCCAAGAUCAAAAGCAUUUGUUACGAUGCAUCUCUUCGUUUGGUUUAGUUAUUUUGGUGUUUGGCCAGUCCUAUUCAAAACUGUUACUUUUCUUGUAUGGAGGUCAAACAUUGAUUACGGGCCCUGGACCACUGUUAAUGAGAACCCAUUGUCUCGCUGUGCUCUUUCUUGCUGUCAAUGGUAUAACAGAGUGUUAUGCUUUGGCAACAAUGAACACAUCACAGCUGGAUAGAUUCAACUAUGUCAUGGCCGGCGUUUCUGUUUCUUUCCUGUUUGUGUCGUGGUUAUUUACUACUGUUUUCGGUGGGGUCGGUUUUAUUUUUGCCAAUUGUUGUAAUAUGCUGGCAAGAAUAAUACACAGUAUUAAAUUUAUACAAACUCAUUACAAAGGUACUGAAUACAAACCUUUGGGAGGUUUAAUUCCAAAUUAUAAUUUCUUAUUUGUGCUCUUUUUGUCAUGGAGCAUCACCUGUCUUUCUGAGAGAUACUUUUUUGACUCAUUUAAAAUUAUUCAUCUUGGGGUUGGAGUUGUGUGUUUCAUGGCAGUAGUAAUUGUGUGGUGUUAUCAAGAGAGGGAACUUGUGAAUUUGGCCAUCUCCAAAUAUAAAGAGAGGUCAAAGAAAGAAAACUAAAGACGCUUAAGUAAACAUUGCAAUUAUUUAGUGCAUCUCACAAUCAUGAUAGCAAAUGUCUGAUCUCAAUGUGCCAUCUCUGAAAGCUUUUCAGUUCAAAGGACAAAGGACUAAUAAUAUUAGCAGCUUAAUCUUGAUGACGAUCAUCAUUAAUAGAAUUUGUAUUUCAUGGCAUUAAUCCACAUAAUUGGUUUAGAAUAUUUGGAGGUAAUAUAUCUCUAUUUUCAAUUCACUUUUUUCAAUAUACGGUUCUGAAUAACAACUAUAAUUUUCCAUCUUCCAAGAUACAUUUUAUUUUAUUUUUUUAACACUACAAUUUGAAUCUUUAGGUAAAUUUAUAAUCUUAUUGUGAGCUCAGUAAACACACAUUUAUGGCAGUAGAUGGUGAAUAUAUUUUUGGGUACCUGACAUUUUUUAAUAUUAUAUUACACCUAAAAACUUGGUUAAAAAACAAAUCUUGCUUCUCAGACGCUUCAAUUAACGUUAGUCAUGUGAAGUCUAAUGUAGACAUUACCUAAUAGAUGAAAUUCUGGUUUGUUGUGCAUGAUCUUUCCAGUUUUUCUUUACCUUAUUCUAUUACAAUUUUCUUUUGAGUAUGUGUUAUUGUUCCAAUAAGACUGUUCUCUGCAAUACUUUAAUUAAUAUUUUAGUCGUGAGUAUUCCUUCAUAAACAUAUUCCAUUCUCAACAGAUGUCAAGUUGACAGGUUUGCUCUUGAAAGCAAUCAUCAAAUUAACAAAUUAGCAGUAUCUAUGACACACAUCAAAAUGGUUUAAAAAUUGUUUUGAUUUUCCGUUAAUGCAAGUCGAAUUUAUUAUUAAUAUGUAGAACUGCAUGUCCAUUCAUUGUUCCUUUGUAACUUCUAUUGUCACUUAAGUUGAAUUUUUGCAUUAUAUGAAAUGUAAUUUCUCAUGCAAAACAACUUUGAUAUAUAUUUAUUUAAUUACUCUGAUUAUACAUGUUAAAAAAAGACACAUUCAAUGUUUCAAAAAUGCUAUAAAACUUAAUUAAUUACUCUUGUCAAGUGUUUUUGAAAAAUGUUCACAACUGAAUUUUUAAUUUUUCUUGGUGUGAAUUAGUCUUGUAAGUAAGCUCGCAUUGAAAUUAAGAAAUUUCUGUAAGCUUCUCUAGUUCUGUUUGUUUCCACCAGCUACUAAAUUGAUUUGCUAGUAAUAGAACUAGGGGUUUUAUGAAAUGUGAAAUUUAUCAACAAAUGUAAUUUGCUGAUCCUUUGUUUUUAUUGUCAUUUUCUAGAAGAACUGUAAACUAAAAUUUGUCUUAAGCAAUGUAAGAUGUUUCUAAAGAUUUUUCAAUAGAAAAAAACAUUAAAAUUUGAAUGAAGAUCCACAUAGCGGAAAAAUAGUAAUCUUCACCUUCGAACCCUGAAUACAUAAGUAGGAACUGUUCCAAAGUACAUACAGAGUAGCAGAUGAAAUACUUAAAACAUAUCAGUACAACCAAUUAUCUUCCACCAGGAUUAGUUAUUUUCCCAAAUAAAUUUUAAAAUCACAAUAAACUCAAAUGUUUCUCUUAUAAUGAAAGAUUUUUUUUCCCCCCAAGAUGUAAAAUUAUUCUCAUGAUACAUGAGAUGAGAUGAAAAAUUAUACAUAAUUAUCAACAGCACUUUGAGUGAAAUGUUUAAGUUUAUGUUUGUGUUGCACUGUUUGGAUUGUAAAUAUAAAUUCAAAUUGAUUUAAAUCUUUUUCAGUCUGAAUGUCUGAGCACCUUCAUAAUUUACUUAUAUACACAAUGUAAAAUAAUGUGAAAUUUUAAGAGACCUUCAAAUGUUCUUAAAUUGAACUUUUUGAAGUUGAACUAUUCACCAGUAUUGAAAUGUUAUCUAGUUUUAAUAUGAACUAAAGGUACUUUUUGCUUCAGUUCAACCUCUAUGGCUUUUUAAAGUUCAGAUACAGAUUUAUUGGUAAUGAGUUCAUAUAUUUGAAAUGUAUGAGAUUUUGUAACUGGGAUUAAUGUAAUUUAUCAAAUGAUGGAGAAAACUGUGAUAUUUUUAGUUUGAGGACGUGUCAAUGUAAUGUAAUUUAAAAAAAUAUUUGAAAAGAAUGUUUAAAAACAAUAUACAAAUAAAUUGGUGUUGUUUUGAAUAAACCAAAGACACUGCUUGCUCACUCUACUGGUAUAUGGUGCCCUUCAGACUUGAAUCAUAAUUUGUUAUUGUAUAAUAUGAGAUAUAUUGAUUAAUAUUAAGUAAUUUAUUAAUAUUUUCUGUGUGAAUUUGUUUUAUUGCUGACAAUUAUCAGAAAGCAAGAAAUAUUUUUGUUGAAAAUAAAAUACAGCAAACUGAAGAAAUCCUUUAAUGUUUUUUAACAUGUAUUUCCAUUUUCA